UUUUUAGAAAAUUUUUCAACUUUUUCCGCACGCUUUCCGCGCGGAUGGAAAGUCAGCAACACCACCACCAAAAAAUUAUUAAAAAAGAAAUUGUUGAGAACGAAAAUCAGCAGCCUUCUUUAAUGGAAGGUAGACAAAAACAGACUUCGAAUACUUCAUCACCAACAUAUUCACAGCAGCAACAACAAGCCUUUUUCCAGUCUAAUGGGGGAGGUUUUGUAGUUCAACAACCUCAACAACAACAAACAGAAACAAUGCAGGCAUUUGCUAAUCUUGGUAGAAAUUUAGAAAAUAGUGUGUAAAAAUGAGAGAGACAAGAAUGAAAAUUUGGGAGAGAAUUAAGGGAAAUUAAGGGAAAAAUAGGG